AUGACUAGUGAAAAUUAUUCUUGUGAUAAUCAGGUUUUAUUUCAAACUGCUGAAAUAAAUGUUUUAGAUGCUAAUGGCAUGUGGCGGACAUGCAGAGCUCUUUUGGAUGGUGCAAGUCAAUGUAAUUUUAUUACAGAUUCGUGUUGUCAGAGGUUAGGUUUAGAACAGCUAGAUUUACCUUACACAGUUUCUGGUGUUGGACAAGUGGUAUCAAAUUUGAAACAUAAAUGUCAAGUGUCUAUUAAGUCAAAGCAAGGUCCAUUUAAAACCGAGUUAUCUUGUGUUGUGAUUCCUAAAAUUAGUGGUGAGUAUCCUACGCUGAAAUUUGAUAGUUCUAAGUGGAAUAUCCCUCGGACAAUUGCUCUAGCGGAUCCAAACUUUAAUCAGCCUGGAGAAAUAGAUUUGUUACAUGGCGGUGGUAUUUAUUUAAGUCUUCUUUGUGUAAGACAAAUUUCUUUAGGCAGUCAAAAGCCAAUUUUGCAAAAAAACAGAUUUGGUUGGGUUGUUGGUGGUGAGUGUAAAAGUAUUUACGAUAAUCCUUAUAAGUGCUAUUUGUCAUUUAAUUCAAAUUUACAAAAUCAGUUAAAAUUGUUUUGGGAGAUUGAAGAGGUCACUAGUAAUGAGAAAGUUUUAUCGAUAGAAGAGAGAGAGUGCGAAGAAAUCUUUGUUAAGACGACUAGUAGAGAUAAGGAUGGGCGAUUCGUAAUCCAGAUUCCCUUUAAAGAUUCUGUUUCAAAUUUAGGAAAUUCGAGAGAAAUUGCUAAGAAAAGAUUUCGUGCUUUGGAAUUCAAGCUUUCAAAAGAUUCAAGUCUUCGAGAAAAAUAUGUAAAUUUUAUGAGUGAGUAUCAUAGUUUGGGUCAUAUGGAAGAGAUAAAAUUAAAAACAGUUUCUGAUAAUUCUGUGGAUUAUUAUUUUCCUCAUCAUGGUGUUUGGAAUGAGAAUAGUCCUACUACCAAGUUAAGAGUAGUGUUUAAUGGAUCCUUCAUCCUUCAGAUAAUGGUGUUUCACUAA